AUGGAAGCAGCUCAACUGGAUACGCAAAGGAAGAAGGGAGAAGCCAUCUUGAAGACCAGCUCGACCGUCUACUCGACCAACCGGUCGAGUUCCUCAACUCGACCGGCCAAGCUUCAACUCGAUCGAGCUGAGAAGUCAAAUCCUAGUACGGCAGUGUCAUUGGUAGCAGCGCUACGAGUUGAGAAGCAACUGGAGAGUGCAGAGGCCUAUCUAGUUGCGAUCAGUGUGGUGGAAGAGGAAGAGGAUAAGGAAUUAGAAGUGGGAGAUAUUCCGGUGGUGUGUGAGUAUGGGGAUGUAUUCACGGCGUUAACUGAAUUGCCCCCACCACGGAAGAAUCCAUUCACUAUUAACUUGGAGUCAGGGACGGCACCAAUAGCUAGGGCACCAUAUCCUUUUCAGGUUUUCCUAGUUAGAUAUGGAGAAGGAGCCACAAGCCUCUUCCCCUAUAAAGGCGAUGCCAAUUCGCCACAUACCACCUCAAAGCACCUCUUGAGCGAACAAGAGAUGUUAAGCCCUCAAGCACCACCACCUUCAUGGGAUAGUCCUCCAAGACCAUCCACUUUGAAGACAAAGAAGAAACUUCUUCCUUACCUUGAAGCAGCCGACCUGGAGACGUCUAGCCAAGCCGCAUCACACCAAGAAGAGUACCUUCUAGCCACACCAGAAGAGGAGAUUAACCCUGAGCUGAUCGAGUUCGUGAAGAGAGAUCAAUUCCAUGAUCUGUUUUCAGAGUAUGCGCUGGAGCACAUAGAUCACUUUGACAAUCUUUGUGAUUCCUAUGGAGUUUUUGACUUUGAGAAGAAGAUGAUGCUAUUCAGCACAUCACUAGCUGGACCAGCACUAGAUUGGGCGCAGCAUGAACCACCUCUACAAUCGAGUCAUGGAUCGAUUUUAGAGAAGCUUUCUUGGAAGAGAUUUGCAAGGAAACCACCUUUCAAAUCCAAGUACCACUACUCUCAUCAGCUGGAGAGAGAGCGUGAUGAAGAAGAAUGGGGAGGCAUACCACCUCAUCCUGAACUUUGCCAUGACUAUGGACUUGGAGACAACCCCAAGAAGAUACAACUUUUCCAACUAUCUCUAGCUGGACAAGCCAAAGACUGGGCUAAGUUCAAUGCCCAACAUGCUUUCAAGACUUGGAAUGGAUACAAAGGAGCUUUCCUCACAGAUUUGCUAAAGGUCCUGUUUAUGUCCCACCACCACGCCCAAGCUAUUCACAACACCAUCCAUCAUCACCAGACAUAA